AUGUGUGCAUCCAUUCAUUCCCCCACCACAUAUUUGUUUAGUAGUGCGGCCGGCGUCUGGGCAAAGGGGACGGUGCGGGGCCUGAGACGCUCGCUCAACACGCAGAACGAUGCUGGUGAGUUCGUGGACGUGUAUGUGCAGCGGAAAUGCUCCGCCAGCAACCGUAUCAUUGGAGCCAAGGACCACACGUCCAUCCAGAUGAACAUGGCCGAGGCUGACAAGGUGACAGGCAGGUUCAACGGCCAGUUUAAAACCUACACUAUCUGCGGGGCCAUUCGCAGGAUGAGCGAGUCAGAUGACUCCAUUUUCCGGCUGGCCAAGGCUGACGGCAUCGUCUCAAAGAACUUCUGA